GGGCUGGGAAGUGGGCCUGGCUGACAGUUGGGGUGAUUUGAGUCCAGAGCCCUUACAGUGUGGGCUGCACAACUUGGACGUGUAGUCGGCCUCAAGGGCCUCCUGAUUCCUCCCUCCUGGCUCUUCCCCAAGGAAGCCAGGCCAGAUCGUGAGCCUUUCCAGUGCCUGUGGGCCCCUUCCUGGCUGAGCUCUGCCUCCUGACCUGAGGCUGACCCAGGAACAGAAAGUACAGAUGGGAUGGGCCUCACAGGCCUCCAGUUUGUUCCCCCACCGGCCCCUCAGCCCUCCACAACGUGUACUUAGUGAGGAAUUUUUGUGUGAGCUUCCAACACACAGGGCAGAGCAGCCUUGCAUGUGCCUGCAUCAUGGAGAAAUGAGCAGUGGAGACCCCAAUACCAGAGCACCCCAAGUUCCAGCAAAUUCCCAGCUCAUGGCCCUGAGCCAGAGAGGCAUCAGCCCCAGAACACUUGCACCCGCUGGUGACCAAGGUCCAUCUGUGGUCCCCCCACUCCCUCUUGGGGAGAAGCAUCAUCAAGCACCAGGGACGCUGGGAUGUCAGCAGUGUCCUUUGCUAGAGAAAGAAGCUCACAGGCUGAGAAAACAACUAGCCAUGAUGCGGGCCCUCAACAAAAGGUUCCAGGCCCUUUGAAGUGAGCAUUCUGCUGUCCACAGCCCUUCCCACACUCCUGACUGUGAAGGUGGCCAGAGUUGGCCUGGCUCUGCUCUGCCUGAGAGGUUGGACCCAGCAUCCCUGCAGAAGAGACAAGACCCAUGGAGCCCUGGGGCUGUGGCCCUGCUUCUUCCUUCUAUUUAUUCUCCAGCCAGAGCCACCUUUGUGCCCCUGGUUUUGCCCCCGUCUGCCCCCUGGAGACAGCUGUUGCAAAUUAAAGUCGUUUUGU